CAGGAGAGAGAAGGUGGGAGCUGUCCAGCGUGGAGAAACACAAAGACGAUCAUGGCCAAAGAGUGGGGCUAUGCCAGCCACAAUGGUCCCGAGCACUGGCACGAACUUUAUCCGAUUGCCAAGGGGGACAACCAGUCACCCAUUGAGCUACAUACUAAAGACAUCAAGCAUGAUCCUUCUCUGCAGCCCUGGUCAGCCUCUUACGAUCCCGGCUCUGCCAAAACCAUCUUGAACAACGGGAAGACAUGCAGAGUUGUGUUUGAUGAUACCUAUGACAGGUCCAUGCUGAGGGGUGGUCCUCUCUCUGGACCCUACCGACUUCGCCAAUUCCAUCUUCACUGGGGCUCCUCGGAUGACCAUGGCUCUGAGCACACAGUGGAUGGAGUGAAAUAUGCGGCAGAGCUUCAUCUGGUUCACUGGAAUCCAAAGUAUAACACUUUUGGGGAAGCUCUAAAGCAGCCUGAUGGAGUUGCAGUGGUUGGCAUUUUUCUGAAGAUAGGACGGGAGAAAGGCGAGUUCCAGCUUCUCCUUGAUGCACUGGACAAAAUUAAGACAAAGGGCAAGGAGGCUCCUUUCCCGCACUUCAACCCGUCCUGCCUGUUCCCCGCCUGCCGGGACUACUGGACCUACCACGGCUCCUUCACCACGCCCCCCUGCGAGGAGUGCAUCGUGUGGUUGCUGUUGAAGGAGCCCAUGACCGUGAGCUCCGAUCAGAUGGCCAAGCUGCGCAGUCUCUUCGCCAGCGCGGAGAACGAACCGCCCGUGCCUCUGGUGGGGAACUGGCGCCCUCCGCAGCCAGUUAAGGGCCGCGUGGUGAGGGCCUCCUUCAAGUGAGGCUCUGGGCUUGCCCUCUUCAGGAAAGGAAGUUGACCCGAGAGAGCUGGAGUGCCUCCUCCUGGUGCUCCCGGCUCCAACACCUAGAAGGGGAUGAAAGUCGUGCUAAGAAGCCGAGGUUCCUUUUGACACUAUCUAACACAGAAGCAUGAUGUCACACUUGACCUUUGUAACAAUCACCUUUUCUAUAAAAUUAGUGUUUUGUAGUAAGGGUUCAGUGAAGAAGAAAUAGAUGGAUGAGUAGAGACACAGAAAAAUGGCCGUCGAGCAUCUUAAAUUUCUUGAAACCUCAGGUUUCCUAUUCUCAUGCUGUUACUGAUCCUAACUGUAGUUGAACGUGGAGGUGUGGGCCAGUCCUAUCACAGUAAAGCAAAACCAGAGGUUAAAAUGAUUGUGGACCUUAAGAAUUGAGUUCAUAAUAUGUUUUACCUCUUAAAUAACACCAGCAAGAACUCCAUCACUUGUUGAAGUUUAGCUACUACCAAGAUUACCUGGUUUCAAUUAGCAAUAAAAAGAAACAAAUUAAGACCAGAUGUUUAAAAAAUUUUCACCCAUCAUUUGAAUUUCUUCUUCCUAAAUAUGGUUUUCUUUACCUGAAGCAGGGUCAUUCAUUUUUUAUUUCACUACUUUUAUCUAUGCAUGCCUAUUAAAAUAAAAACUCUCUGAUGUCUUUUGAAUGGGAGGAGACUGGAAUGAGUGAUUCCUAGAACAGAAAGGAAGACAGCACUGAAGCAAAGGGUUUGUACUGAACACAAAAGCAAUAAAGACAC